AUGGCUACAGUCGAUCCCUUGGCUUCAUUUGCCAAAUUGGCUCCCUCGGUCUAUAUCCAAGACCCAGAAACAAACCAAUCCAUUCGACCAGUCAUACUCCUUGCAUUCUGGAUGAAUGCACCCCCACGUGCCCUGGCCAAAUAUGUGAUCGAAUACAGACGCUUGCUACCAACAGCUCGAAUCGUCUUUAUCCGCAGUUCCUCCAAUGACUUCAUGCUUCGCUCAUCUCAGGGCCAGCAGGCCCGCAUGGUACCGGCCGUGGAAGCAAUGCGCACCUUGGUAACCCCUGAGAAUCCGGUCUACGUGCACAUGUUCUCGAAUGGAGGAUUGACCAAUAUCACCCAUCUACUCCAAGCCUGGAAAGAAGCUACCGGAUCACCGCUGCCCAUCUCUGCUAUGAUUUUGGAUAGUGCACCGGGAAAGUCGACCUUGCGAUCUGGACUGAGGGCUUUCUCUUAUGCGCUUCCGAAAAUGUGGAUCUUGCACUGUCUGGGAAAAGCAAUGCUUUUUGCUUUUUUGGUUUUCAUCAAGCUGGUUCAGUACUUAUCUGUUUCUCCGGACCCGAUCUCCCUGGCUCGCAGGGUCAUCAAUGAUACCUCUUUGAUGCGGGCGGCUAACCCGGAGAAGUCUCUCACUCGCUGUUACAUUUACUCCGAUGCGGAUGAGUUGGUUGACUGGAAAGAUACAGAAUCUCAUGCUGUGGAGGCGGAGACGCAAGGUUGGGUGGUUCGUCGUGAAUUCUUCAAGGGCUCGGCUCAUGUUGCCCAUAUGAAGACUGAUCCAGAUCGGUAUUGGACUAUCAUUAAAGAUCACUUGAGACCGUUGGGUCUGCUUUGA